CACAAGUUAGAUAUAAGUGCGACAAGUAGGUACAUGUGCGAGGUAUCGGCAGAUGCUCCAUCAUUUGCCACGCACAUGAGAACGGGAGAUCUCAAUGUUUAUGUUCCGCCAGCGGAAAAGCCAAAAAUUACAGGACUAAAAUCAACAUAUCGCUCCGGAGAGUACGUACGUGCUAAUUGUUCGAGCAAUAUGUCAUUUCCAGCUGCCAAACUACAGUGGAAGAUCAAUGGCUUUCCCGUUUAUCCGGGCGAGGCAAUUAGCUACGACGUCACGAAGACACUUGCUGGCGAAGGGAAAAAGCAACAAACGAUGGAAUCGUCGACAAUGGGCUUGCACUUUCUCAUUUCGCACGAACAUUUUAACGAGGUGGGAAAAAUCAAGGUACAAUGCAUUGCGACGUUAUUUGACGGCGUCUACGAAGCAGAAACAAUUCAAUACAUUGAAGCAAUUGAUCCACAUUUCAAUGAUGAUGACAACGAUGUACAUUAUUCAUUUAUUCACGAUAAAAAUGGCUCUGAAUCAUCACUCGUGCAAUCAUCAAGAAAGCUAUUUUUACUGCUAUUUUGCAAUCUGGUAAUAGGAUUAUUAUUAUCAAGAAGUAAUUGCAUGUUCAGUAGCGCAAAUAGACUGAGAAGACCCAGCAGUAGCAGCAGCAAUAAAAAGACGAACAGUGGUAAUAUUAGUAGCAGUAAUAAUCAGAGUGCAUCACUAAUUGGAUUGGAUGAUCUGACGUCGUUGUCGUCGUUGCCAAGAGAAAAAGAAGACUAUGGAAAUUUUAUUAAUGAUAAUUCCGCGUCGUAUUUGUCUUGUUCUUCUUUUGCCACUGUAACGACAUUAAAACAGUCCUGA